GAUAUUAUUAGAUUAUAUAAUAUUAUGAUCUAGAUUUGAUUUGAUUUGAUUUCCUAGAUAUGACCUAGAUUCUAGGUUCACUAGUAUAAAUAGCCUCACACCCAUGCACACCAACUCACACGUCACUUCUUCAUUCUUUUCUUCCUUGUUCUUGCAUUUAUUUAAAGAGAGGGAAAGUGAGGGACAGAAAGAGAGUCGGCCAAGAGAGAGAGAGAAGAGGAAAAAUAAAUAAAUUCCAAGCACCACUACCUUGCCACCUUUCCACCACCACGCAAAACCACCAUUCGAUCUUUAAAUUCCAAAAUCUAAAAGUUGUUCUUUUCUUCCUUGUUCUUUUCAUCAAAUUCCAACCAAGGCGACGUCACUCCGUUUCAACCCGACGAAUCUGUAACCCGCUACCGCCAAGAAGAACGGAUGUUUCACCGGGGAAGAGGCAAUGCAAUUUUCACGGUGGCUGCCGCAGCGGCAUUGGUGUUGUGCGCAGUGGCACUGUUCAACGGUGAGACGGCUGAAGCAGCUAGCUUCAUAGUGGGAAAUGCCAAGGGUUGGGCCUUUGAUGUGAACGACUGGCCCAAUGGCAAGAGCUUCAAAGCCGAAGACACCCUUGUGUUCAAUUACAACCCGAAGCUUCACAACGUGGUGGUCGUGAAGGAGAGUAGCGACUUCAUCAAUUGCAAGGUCCCGGCCGGUGCCACAGUAUUUACCUCAGGAAAGGAUCAUGUAGCGCUUGUCCGGGGACACAACUUGUUCAUUUGCGGCAGGCCUGGGCAUUGUGAAUUUGGGUUCAUGAAUAUUAAUGUUACUGCAGCGUAGCCGGCCCGAUCGAGAAAGAGAUGCGUGUUGGAGUUUAUUUAUGUGGCUCACAUGCCAUAUCAAUCAUAUUUAUAUUUUAUAGUAUUUAUGUUCAUAACUAAAAUAUGGGUAUUAGAUUUAAAUAAAAUAUUACCUAAAUUAUUAGUGACUAUUCAUGAAAAUGUUUGGUGACUAUUUGUGAAUAAAUAUGGUGGCUAUUCAGGAAUGGGUUUAGUAACCGUUCAUAUGUAAGGUUGGAACUAUUAAUGAAUAUGUGUCUUAUUACUUCUU